AUGGUGCCCAACCAGGCGCCUCCGACAACUACCACUGUGACGGAACCUCUUCCUCCUCUGACGCGUAGUACCACUUUGCCAGCAUAUACUCCUAGACCAAUCACCACAGAUCGAUCACUUCUUACCCCCGAAGAUGCCAUCUAUCAAGGAUCACCACCGCGACGAUUGACAGAAGCCCGCGUUUCCAAUGGAUCCAGCGCUACUGCGCGAUUACCAAGAGAAAGACAUACUGUCAGAAAUAGAAGCGGAAGUAGGAGGAGGAAAGGAGUGUGGAAGAAAUUGUUAUGGGUGAAGCAGUCAUCAACCUUCCUCGAGCACCUCCAACGGAACCCGCGACUCCAACCAUAUGACUUCUGGCCGCUUGUUGCCGACUCCACCGUCAUCGUCCAACAUGUCUGCUCCGUCAUCAUCUUCAUUGUCUGUUUUGUUGGCAUCUAUCAAGAGCGCAUAUCUCCUGGAGCAGUCGUAAGAUGGGGAUCAGUUGGGACAUUGGUCGGAUGGGGAUUGUGGGACUGGUGGGUGGGACAAGAAGACCCGAAACCAUCACCACCGAUUCUCACCCAACAAGCCUCAGCUUCAAGCUCCGUGUCGAACCUCAACAUUCCUCCAAAUGGCCUUGCUCGACACUCACAUUCGACGUCUGCCUCUUCCAUACACUCAACAGCUUCCACCCAAGUCCCUACACCGAGGACCCUACCUAAUCAUCCUGCCCCGAAUUCGAAUCCCCUCUCUGCACGAACCUCCCUUCGUCUCAGUACCGCCAAAUCAGCCCUCCUGAUCUAUUUCACUCUCCUAGGCCUCUCUCCGAUCCUCAAAUCACUCACAUGGUCAACAUCCGAGGACUCCAUCUGGGCAAUGUCCUUCCUGCUCUUCACAAUCAACAUCUUCUUCUUCGACUACGGAACCCCCGCCCUCUCAUCCUCUUCCAUGAAAGCAGGAAUCAAGAAUAUCCCAGCGAGUCUAAGCACAAAUGCUGCAUUGAUGGCCUCUACAGUCUUAGCAUCUCGAUUGCCCAGCACGGGACAAGUAUUCAGCCUCACACUUUUCAGCAUUGAAGUGUUCGGACUUUUUCCGGUCUUCAGACGAUAUGCCAGACAACGGACAUGGCGGGGUCAUGUCGCUCUUACCACCGUCCUAGUCCUCGGAGCCGGCGGUGGAAUAGGCACGAUAUUAGGAAGAGGGGGAGACGGUGAAGGAAUCUGGGAUUGGCCCUGGAAGAGUGGAUUGAUGGGAUUAGUCAUCGGGGUCGUGAUUACGGGGCUGGCGAUGGGUGGGUGUAGUUGGUGGUUGAUCGGGUUGCAGAAGUAUAAGAAUGAGAUUCAUGGGCCGUGGGAUCCGGCGAGACCCAUUAUCAGAAGGCAUUGGGAAGAAUAUUAG